AUGUCUCUCGAAGCAGGGAAUAUACUUGGUAUAAAUCCAGGCUCCAAGCUAAAACCGUCUGGGAAAUGGUUACAGCAGCAGCAGCAACAGAGACUUCAACAGCAGCAAAAUGACCAGAAGAAGUUUGAUAACAGGAUGAACUCGAAGGGGAACAGGAAAAUGAAAUACCUGCCAGAUAACUUGAAACUUAACGGUGUUACACCGAGUGGGAAACCGAGAAGGUUUGUCUGUAAAGUUUGUACAAGGGCGUUCGCAAGGUCAGAACAUUUGGAGAGGCACGAGAGGUCACACACAAAUGAGAAACCGUACGAGUGUGGUAUCUGUGACAGAAUGUUCACAAGAAGAGAUCUACUUCUGAGACACGCUCUGAAGACACAUAACGGUAACUGUGGUAACACGAUAGUCAAGAGACAGCCCGGUCGGAGAAGAAUCAGCUCCACAUCCGGUUCAAGUACUAAACCAAGGGCUACUCAACGGAGUAGCGUGGUAAGCUCUAUCACAACAGCAUGUUCACUUGUGUCCGCCCUGACGCAGAACGAUUCUCUUAGUGCGAAAUCCAUGUCCAGCAUAUCGUCAGUAUCACCAGGUUCCAAUCUUUUCACGGAUGUAGGGAGUUUAGCGACAACUCCAUUGUCCACUUCAGGUGACGGUACCAAGAAUGAGGUGGGGGGGCAAAGGAGGAGGAAGUUUUCAGUUGGUAAGAAACCAGCUCAAACCAAAGAUGGUUCUGAGUUGAGGAGGAAACCAGUGAGACGUGUCUCCUUUAGUGCUCAAUCUGCAGCGAACUACGCUGUCCCUGUGAUUCAGCCAAAUGACUAUCCAACUUUGGAUAGAAUUCAGUUUUCUACACCAGAGCUUUUACCCGUGGAGUUCAACUAUAUGUUGCACAAUGACCUCAUCGAUGGUGGUAGUGACCCAAAAAACACAAACGCGAGUACUCUUUUCCCAGUGCCGCCAGAAUUCAGUCUCUCCGAUGGGGACUAUAUGGUGGACGGUUUCUCCCUGAUGAACCUACAAGCUGAUCCAGUCAAAGUGCAACAACAGUAUACGGACAAUUUUUUACCCCUAGACGAUGAUCAAACCCUUUCUGUUUACCCUAAUACCUUCAAUUCGGAUUCGUUCAAUGCCCCCUCCUUUCCAAACCAGAAUCUAUUGACAAAAAAUGAUAAACAUUCAGUAAGUACAGUGUUAUCCAGCGAUAACUAUUCGUCGGGGACACAAUCUUCCUUACUGGGAGGGAAAGAAAAUGACAUUCUUUCUAAACUAUCUUCACUACCUGGAAAUGAUCAUGAGGCAGAGAGUCUCAAUUACACAAAGACAACAUCAAGGUCAGCAAGUAACAACAACGCGCAUGGGGAUUUACUGAGGUACCAACUGGAUGCAGAUAUCGAGAGUCUGUUAAAUGGCCCCCCCUUGUCAACAGAGACGAGCGACGAACUCAGUAACUCGUUAACAUGGGACACUCCCAAUACUGCAUCUCCGGGGACAGUAUACCAAUCACCUGGGCAAUUGAUUUUACAACAACAUAACAGGAAUGAACUGAACACUUUAAGUGACGUUACCAAAUAUUCACAAAGCAUCUACAAUAACUUCAUCAAGCAAGAGGAGGUAGAGUGGAAUCUUAACUCAGAGAACGCCAUGAUGGAAAACAUGGAACUUGAUGUGGAAAAGGGUGGUGAGUUGAAAAUGACUAAUGACAAUUAUACACUGUACGGGUUAGAUAACCUGACAAUGACAAAUAUUUCCAAGAAAUCGCCCUCACCUGAGUUGCGUACGGACGUCGUAACGGAUGAUAUAAUCCUGGAGGAAUGUCCAGUUGAUACGCCUCCUCCGACUCUUUUCACAACAAAACUGAGGGACUACUGCUCUGUCGUUUUGAAGUUCUAUGAGGAAAAAUGCGGUAACAGUGCACUCAGUACAGAUCCCGUUUUGAUAUCCAAGAAAUUAAUGCUUCCUAGUGUCCACGAGUUGAACCAAUUCCUUGCUCUCUUUAGAAAACGGUUUCUAAUACACUAUCCGUUCAUCCAUGCCAGUUUGUUGAAUGCAGAUUUUUUGACUUUACAAAAGUACUUGUGGGAGAAUGAUUCACUUGAAGAUAAAGACAUCGAGUUUGAUUCUGAAAGGGAUAUCUUGCACAUUGCUAGGUCUGUGUGCCUACCUUUACUCAUGGUUGCUUUGGGAUCUCUUUACAAAAAGGGUUGUCACGGUGUCACUGUCACACUAUAUGAAAUGGGUAGAAGAGCUAUCCAUGUGUUCUUGGAGACAAAGAAAAAAUAUACAGAGAUUAGGAAUUUGAAAGCACACAGUCAGUACACAUGGUUGGUUCAAACACUAACGUUGAAUAUCAUUUUUGCCCUUUUCGCCGUUGAGGUUGAAGACGUGGAGGCACAUGCAGUGAAAAGACAGGUUGCGGCCGUGUGUUCCGUAGUCAAAAGCGGGCUACUAUACGGUAUAUCUGAGGUGGGUUCGGCCAGUCCCAACAGUGGUAACGAUAUGGACUUUCCCUCGGCAUCGAAUUAUAUUCUAUUUGAAUCAAAAAUAAGAUGCACUUUGAUGAUUUACAGGUACUGUCAGUACUUGAAAAUAUUUUAUAACGUCCAGUCUAACUACUUUUUGAACGAAACUGAUAUUGACGAAAUUUAUAUCCCGGAUGAGGAACAAAAAUGGCUGUCUGCUUCGGUUAUUUGUGACAAGAAGGACGAAACGAGGAAUAACACAAUGAAAAAACAAAACAUAACCCCGUUCAAAAGAUUUUACACCAGUUUUACCUUUAACGAUUUGGGAGUACACCCAAUUCCUGAAUCUUUGGUCGCCACAAUGAUGUUUUAUGAAUUUAAUUCAAAUUACCGUUCUCCAUUCAACUUGUUCCUAACAAAAAUCGUUUCCAAAAAACUGGAGACUAACUCACUUCCUCCAUCAAACACGACACCUAUAGCGUGUACACGUGCUUUGAUCGGGGAUUGUACUAUAUUGAAAAAUUGUUUGAUGGUUAUGAAGUUUUUUUUUGAAAUAGAUAAGGGAAUAGGCUCAAAAGUCUGGAAGGGUGACAUGACCCAGUUAUACGAUUCAUUUUUGAACCCUAAAAGUGUGAAUUUGUUGACAAAGGGUUCUUACAACUUACUAACGGAUCUGUUGGUAUCAUUGAAAUCCUCUGUUCAGAACAUUACCAAAGUACUAGUGCAGAACAAAGUUACUAAUUUGACUAGUAUAGAUAAGGAAAAACUAACUAUAUUCAACAUCCACGGUUAUUUCUACAAUUUUUUGGCAAUUAUCAAGUUCAUUCUCGAUUUUGAAGCUACCCCAAAUUUUAAGUUACUUUCCGUAUUCAUCAAGCUGAACAAACUAGCUAAUGAUUUCUUGAUUCCUUCCUUUGCGCUUUCAUACCCAAAGGACUUUAGGCAUUUUAACAAGGUGAAAUGGACGGUGAAUUACUCUCAGUCUGAUGUUAAUAAAAUAGAAAGAGCCAUCAAAGAUGUUUUAGUGUACUCCUUCAAUGACACCUCCUUUUUGAAUAUGAGCGACCAGGCCCCUAACGAAUUUUUGUUCCACGAUGUCCCUAACGGGACGAAUAAAUCUCAAUACGAUGGUCUCACCGAUGGAGCAACUACAGCUACCCAGUCCUCGGUUGAUUUAUUACUUGCUCGUGAUAAGGCAAAGCACCAAGAAGGGCAUGCCAAGCAGAGCUUCGCCGAAAGAUAUCAGUUGUCCUCGAAGUUUAUUUCCAUUGCCAAAUGUUUUUUUAAGGUAACGGAGUCAUCUUACGCUCACUGCAAUAUUUUAGCGAAGGUCAUCGAAGACUUUGAGGAUCUGGGCAGGAUAUCCAUUUUGAACUCGAACGAAAAGGAAUUAUCCAAAUCGCAUUUAAAUAAGUAA